UCUUUCUCUUUAUCCUUCACUCAAAUUUUAUCAUUUAAAAAUAUUUUUUGAUCCUGAGCAUUUUAUUCUGGAUUUUUCCUGGCUGUUCUUCUUCUCUACUCUGCUGUUUCUUCUUCAUCCUGCUGUUUAGUGAUUUCAAACCUCUCUGCUGCUAUGUGGUGGUGGCUACUUGGUGUAUUGAGCUGUGUGCUGUUGGCGGCAGUUGUCAUUUUCUUCCUAACCACAGGGCAACGUUACAAGGUGUUCAGUGACAAGUGCCUGAGGCCACUUAAACCACUGGUCACUGACAGCAAACAGAGGGAUGCCAGGCUGAAGAGAGGGUUUCGUGUAGACUGUAUUCCACCAGCUCUGGAUGCAGUGGUGAUUGGCAGUGGUGUGGGAGGUUUGACAGCAGCAGCUCUUUUGUCCAAAGCCGGGAAGAGGGUUGUAGUACUGGAGCAACAUGAUCAAGCCGGAGGCUGCACUCACACUUUCCAAAAUAUGGGAUUUGAGUUUGAUGUGGGUAUCCAUUAUCUGGGCCAGCUUCAUGAAAACAGUCUGCUGAAGGUUGCUUUGGAUCAGAUCACGGAGGGACAGCUGCAGUUUACACGGCUGGAGGAGCACUUUGAUACCCUCAUCUUGGGUCAGCCUGGCCAGCACAGAGAAUACCAUAUCCAUGCUGGGAAGACUGAGAUGGCAGCUAGCCUGAAGCAGCAGUUUCCAGGAGAAGAGGAGGCUAUUGAUGAGUUCAUGAGAUUGAUAAAGUUGGCUUCACGGCGGAUGCCACUUAUUGCCACCUUGAAGAUCAUACCAUUUUGGCUGGUUAACUUCCUAGUUCGGACUGGCCUAUUAUAUCGCAUAUCUUCAGUGUUUCGUCUAGCAGCAAACAGCCAUUCAGACAUAAUAUCUCACCUCACGCAGAACAAAGACCUACAGGCACUGUCUGCCUACCUGUUCUAUGGUGUGCCUCCUAAAGAGUCCAGCUUUCUCAUCAAUGCUCUCCUAAUUCAACACUACAAACGUGGCGCUUACUACCCACGAGGGGGUGCCAGUGAGUUUGCCUUUCACAUCAUCCCUGUCAUUCAGAAGGCAGGUGGCGCUGUGCUGGUCAGGGCUCCUGUGCAACGCAUUUUGCUCGACCGACAAGGAAAGGCCUAUGGUGUGACAGUACUUAAAGGACAAGAAGAGACUGAAGUCCAUGCUCCCAUUGUCAUUUCUGACGCUGGAAUCUUCAAUACCUUCCAGAGGUUUCUGCCUCCCCACAUACAGGACAAACCAGAGAUCAAAUCACUGCUGAAUACGGUACGCCACGGUAUGGGUUCCUUCUUGGUCUUUGUUGGUCUGGAUGGAACUAAAGAGGAGCUAGGGAUUGUUUCCACCAACUUCUGGAUCUAUAAAGACAAUGACCUGAACUCACUUAUGGAGCGAUACUCCUCUCUGGGCAGAGAGCAGAUAUUGGGGAACAUUCCCAUGAUGUUCAUCACAUUCCCAUCUGCUAAAGACCCCACAGCCAACAUCAGACACCCAGGUAAGUCCUGUAUGACGUUGCUGACAAUGGCUCGCUAUGAGUGGUUUGAGGAAUGGAAGGGGACACAUCUUGGAAAGAGGGGACAGAACUACCUGGAUCUGAAAAACAGCAUGGCCCAAGAACUCCUGGACUGGGCAUUAACCAUCUUCCCUCAAUUACGAGACAAGGUGGUAAUGGUGGAUGCUGCCACCCCUCUAACAAAUGUUCACUAUCUGGGUGCUCCGAGAGGUGAGAUGUACGGUGCUGAACACAACCUGGAGCGCUUCACACCAGAAGCAAUAGCAAGGACACGACCACAGACACCCAUCAACGGACUUUACUUAACAGGUCAGGAUGUAUUCUGUAAUGGCAUGGCUGGUGCUCUGCAUGGUGGGCUGCUCUGUGCCUCGACCGUCCUCAAUCAGAUACUCUACAUUGACCUCCUAGCCCUGAAGAUCCAUCUCAAACACAAACAGAACAAUCGGAAACUGAACUAGUAGUAAGAGGCACCACCCUGCCUCCACCCUCCACAGCUCAUAAUCUGUGUUAUCAUGACUAUAAUUUGUUGUCUGCAACAGCUAUUAUUCAUUCUGUGUAAGUUAAAGUGGUAUUUAUGUUUUUCAGAUUUCCAGAUAGUAAAGGAAAGGAUGAGUAAAGGUCAGAGAUAAGUGAUGGUAAAACUCAAGAUGCAACAGUGGAGACAGAAACAAAGAGAAAGUAAAGAAGGUGAAACUGAAAAAAUGAAUCAGCUGAUGGAGAGAGAAACCGUUGAGAGGAUGGGAAACUGUUAAGACCUAACUUAUAUUUUAAAGCUAGAAAAACCCUGGAACCUGUUAUAAAACAAAGAACAAAUAUUUUAAUAACGGUAAUAAUACUACGCAGCCAUAUUUAAAUACAGUAGAGUGCAUGCAAUGCCAUUUAACUGUAUGUAUGGUCAAGUUGAGACACCCAUGGUUGAUAUGGUGACCUAUGCACCACAUUAAUCAAGGUCUCGUGUGGACUAAAUAUUUCAAUGCUGUUUCCUAAGCCUCAUUUAGGUGUGGAGGCCUUCCAGCCAACAGUUUCACCAAAAGUUCAUUUCUCAUAGCCUCAUUUAAUAGCUCGUUUGCCAUUGGUCAUGACAUUCAGGGAAAUGACACAUGCUUCAAGGUGAGGUUUUGUUUGGAGGUCUAGAAACUGAACUUCAGAAACACGUUUUAUGUCAAUCUUGACCCUUCUCUUAAACAUUAAAGGACUACACAAGAUCACAACAGAAAAUAAUUAAGUUGUACUACAUGGAAAAGAAAGUAAAACAAAAUAAGUUUGUACAGGAAAUGCACAACCAUUUUAUUGCUCAUCUAUGUUUCUCUGCUGCCACACAGAAUUUCAGUAUAGCUACUGUUAGGAAGCCAUUGUUUAUCUUUCCUUGUCUUUGAACAGUAUAUAGGAAGUUUCCUAUUUUAGAGAAGUUGAAGAAUAAAUGAAAGAGCA